UAACUUUUUUACCUUAAAAUUCAUUUUUUUAUAAUUUUCUUUUUAUUAUUAAACUUUAAGUAUAAACUGAAUCAAAGUUUUGUAAUAAUGUCUAGUAAUACUGGAUUUAAUUCAAAUGAGUGGAUUGAUUGGAUUGAAGAAGCUAUUGCAAAAAAGCAUAUUAAAUAUUACGAUUACAAACAUUUUAAUAAUAUUCAAGAAAUUGGUUCUGAAGGUUUUGGAAAAGUAUAUCGUGCUAACUGGAAAAGUUUUCACAAUCAUUUAGCAUUAAAAUCUUUCCUUAAUUUCAAUAACAUCACAGUUAAAAAAAUUGUUAAUGGAAUUAAUCUUCAGCAUGAAAUAGAUUUUCAUGAAAACAUUAUUCAUUUUUGUGGCAUUACAACAGCAAACCAAAACAAUAAUUCAAAAAAUUAUUUACUGGUUAUGGAAUAUGCCGAUAGUGGUACUCUCCGAAAUUAUUUAAGUGAACGUUUUAAUAAUCUCACUUGGAACAAUAAAUUGGAACUAGCAUUUCAAUUAGCUAAUGCUAUAUCAUACUUACAUAAUAAAGAUAUCAUUCAUUGCGAUUUGCACUCAGAUAAUAUAUUAGUUCAUAAGAAUACCAUUAAAUUAGUGGGUUUUGGAUUGUUAGAAAGGAUUGAGGAAUCAUCCCAAUCAAAAUUAUUUGGAAUGGUUGCAUAUGUUGAUCCACAAGUAUUUAAUAGAAAAAGGGAUAGUAAUAUCAAAAUAGUAUAUUCAUUAAAUAAAAAGAGUAACAUCUACAGUAUCGGUAUACUCUUAUGGGAAAUUUCUAGUGGACGGCCACCUUUUCAUAAUGAACCACAUGAUGCUGGCUUUGCUAUGGAAAUUUUACAAGGCCUUAGAGAAAAACCUAUUCCUAAUACACCUGUAAAUUACAUAAAAAUAUACACUGAUUGCUGGAAUAAUGAACCAGAUAAUCGUCCAACUGUCAACCAGGUUAUUGCAAAAUUAAAUGAAAUUAUUCCAAAAGAAAAUGUUCAAUUAUCAAGUGAACAGAAGAGUAAUGAUGAUGUUUCCAAAAAUAUUAUUGAUAAUAUUGAUAAUUCAUUUUAUGGAGAAAUGUCUCAAAUCAUUGAAAAUUUUAAUAAAAUGAGUAUAGAAGAAAUAGAACCUUCAAUGUCAUCAAAUAAUAACUUUGACAUAAUGGUUAAUGAAAUAAUACUCCUUCUUGAUAAUGCAGAUAUUGUAAGGAAAAAACGUGAAGUCAUUAAUUAUCUUAAUAAUCAUAAUAUAACUUCACAAGAAAUUUAUGCUUGGUUAUUAAUUAAUCAAAAUGAUUCAAAUUCCAUCUUUUUACUUGGAGUAUUUAAUCAUUUUGGAAUUGAAGUCAAUGUUGACAAACAAAAAGCAUUUGAAUUAUAUCAAAAUGCAGCAAAUUCUGGAAAUGUAUUUGGAAUAACUAGUCUAGGAUAUUGUUAUGAUGAAGGAAUUGGAAUCAAUGUUGACCAGCAAAAGGCAUUUGGACUAUAUCAAGAAGCUGCAAAUUUAGGAAAUCUACGUGGAAUAUUUAAUUUAGGAUAUUGUUAUCAAUAUGGAAUUGGAAUUAAUAUUGAUGAACAAAAGGCAUUUGAAUUAUAUCAAAAGGCUGCAAAUUUAGGAGAUUUAUCUGGAAUAUGUAAUUUAGGAUAUUGUUAUCAACAUGGAAUUGGAACUUAUAUUGAUGAACAAAAGACAUUUGAAUUAUAUCAAAAGGCUACAAAUUUAGGAGAUUUAUCUGGAAUAUGUAAUUUAGGAUAUUGUUAUGAUAAUGGAAUUGGAACUAAUAUAGAUAAACAAAAGGCAUUUGAAUUAUAUCAAAAAGCUGCAAAUUUAGGUAAUAAUUCAGCUCAAUAUAAUCUUGCUUUAAUGUAUGAAAAUGGAGAAGGAAUUAAAAAGGAUAUAAAUCAAGCAAAUUACUGGUAUAAAAAAUCUGCUGAGCAAGGAGAUCAAGAUGCCCAAAAUAAAUUAAAUGAAUAA